AUGAAGACGAAAAAUCGCCUGGCUGUCCCAGAGAUGGUUGACAUCCAAAGCGCAUCGGAUCGGGCUGAGAUGCUCGUUGGCCGCGUUCGCUCGCGGGGGCGCUAUCACAAAUUCCAGGAGCGAACCUUGGAGCAGGACUACGAGGUGGAUCGAGGUCAUGUGCUGGGAAGCGGCGCAAAUGGCCAGGUCUGGCUGGUGCGCAGCCGGCACAAUGGCCGGGCUUUCGCAGCCAAGACGUAUCGGCUGAGUGGCAUUUCAGAACUCAAGUGCAAGGAGAUUGAGACAGAGGUUGAGAUUCUCCUGACGGUCGAUCACCCCAACCUAGCUCGCAUGGUUGAUGCCUACGAGACCAAGGCUUCCAUGACGCUAGUCAUGGAGCUCCUGGAGGGAGGAGAGCUCUUCGACCGAAUCCUUGCAGCAGGCCACUUCACCGAGCGCGAUGCUGCCGAAGCGAUAUGGCAGAUGCUGCUUGCCAUCCGAUACCUCCAUGGUCUGGGCAUUGUGCACAGGGACCUCAAGCUGGAAAACUGGCUGUACGAGAAGAAGGGGGGGCAAGACCUGAAGCUAAUCGACUUUGGCCUCUCCAAAUUCUGGCGGCCGGAUAAGUCCAUGGAGAUGCGGGUUGGCACCCUGGACUACAUGGCGCCCGAGGUGCUCCACAGAAACUACACUUCCAAGUGUGACUUGUGGAGUAUGGGUGUCAUCGCCUACACCUUGCUGGUUGGAAGCUUCCCUUUCUCUGGACGGGACGGUGACAGCGCGAUGCUGCAGCGGAUCUCUGCCGGGAGGAUCGGGAAAACUUACCAGUACACCGACCAGCUUUCGACCUUCUGA